GGGUUUAACCAUUAACCACCAUUAACCAUUAAAGCAGCUGUGCAGAGCCGGUACCGUAGCCUACAUAAGGCGUGCGCACCGGCGUCCACGCCUCAGCCUGAGCGCGUUACCAAGAGGUGGAAGAUCCACGCAGCCAGCCACACGGAGUUCCGGUGCUGCUGCUGCUGCUGCUGGCCAUCACUCCGGUGUGUCCGCGUCUCCUCUCUGGACCGCUGACACGACAAGGCACCGUCCACUGCGGCCAGCCGUAACUCAAGCCUCUGCUGCAGACCUUUAAAUAUCUCCCGUCAAAUCCUGCCAGCGGCCACGUGGUGUAAGGUGAGACCUUCCCAGCCCGGUACAGGACCAGUCUGACACCAUCAGUGGACUGAGAGCAGGACCGGCCUGCACUGCCAGCUGGCCUCUUCAGACCUCUGACUGUCUUCUUGCUUCAGCCUCUACUGAACUUUAAAGGACUGUUUAGGAGUGACUGCCGGGUUUCUGUGGUGAGUCCCCAAGCCUGUAGCCUUCCUUUCUCUUCUGUUUUGAACCAGUAUGCUUUCUUCUUCUUUUUGCCGGCCCACCCCGAGCACCUUGCAGUGAAUGGAGAACAUACUGGUUCUGCUCCCGAAGCACCGACAGGAACACGGGCUCUGCAGACGCACGGCUGCAUGUGCCUUGCUGCAGGUUUCUUCCUACAGAGCAGUUUUCUCCUGGUCUUUAAUAGCGAUCAACACUCCCUGUAAGCCUCUUUAAUGGGAUAAAUCAAUUGGACUGAUCAGGUUCAAAACCAGAUCAGGUGGCCAGUUCCAUUCUGACUUCCCCAAAACUGAAGGAACCCUGACCUUUUCUUGUCAAGCCCACAGUCUUCCAAAGGCUUCCGCAUGGUACUUUGGUCGAAAGAACAAGACAAACUCCCCGACAUCGACAUGUCCUCCGGGGCCAUUGAGGCGAAGAAGGAGGGAGGCCCCCUGACCCCGGCCUUCCUAAACUCCAACUGCUCCGUCCACCCGGUGAUCCUCACCAAGGGCCCCGAGGAGGUGAGCCCAGGGACCGGGGGCGAGUUCGAGCUCACAGAGGUCACAUCUUUCACAGAGAGGGCCAGCGAGCCCGGGGAGGAUGAGGAGAGGUCCGAGAUUGUGGUGGCGAUGGACUGCCGGGCCAACGCCAAAGGUCAACGGGAGGAAGACGCUCUCCUGGAGAACGCAAGCCAGAGCAACGAGAGCGACGACACCAGCACCGACCAGAGCCCAGAACCACCGCCGCCCCUCAAGGAGACCUCCUUCUCCAUUGGCCUGCAGGUGGUCUUCCCCUUCCUGCUGGCCGGGUUCGGGACAGUGGCAGCUGGAAUGGUGCUAGACAUUGUCCAGCACUGGACGGUGUUUACAGAGGUGUCGGAGGUGUUCAUCCUGGUUCCAGCACUGCUGGGGCUCAAAGGCAACCUGGAGAUGACGCUGGCCUCUAGGCUUUCCACAGCGGCUAAUAUUGGUCAGAUGGACACAGCCAAGGACAUGUGGAAGAUGGUCAUGGGGAACCUGGCCCUCAUCCAGGUCCAGGCCACAGUGGUGGGGUUCCUGGCCUCCAUAGCUGCUGUGAUCUUCGGCUGGAUCCCUGAGGGACACUUCAGGCUGGGCCACGCAGUGCUGCUGUGUGCCUCCAGUGUGGCUACUGCCUUCAUCGCCUCUCUGCUGCUAGGGCUCGUCAUGAUCGGCGUGAUCAUCGCGUCCAGGAAAGUCGGCAUCAACCCUGACAACGUGGCCACGCCCAUCGCUGCUAGCCUGGGAGACCUGAUCACGCUGUCCCUGCUGGCAGGCGUCUCAACAGGACUGUACAAGGAACUGGAGUACAAUGACUAUGCCAACCCGCUGGUGUGUGCGGUGUUUGUGGCGUUGUGCCCCCUAUGGGUGCUGAUAGCCAGGAAGAUCCCAUCCACCAGAGAACUCCUGUACUCCGGCUGGGAGCCAGUCAUCAUCGCCAUGGCCAUCAGCAGUGUUGGUGGUUUGAUCCUCGACAAGACUGUCACCAACCCAAACUUUGCUGGCAUGGCUGUCUUCACCCCGGUCAUCAACGGUGUGGGAGGUAACCUGGUUGCGGUUCAGGCCAGUCGAAUCUCCACCUAUCUGCACAUGAACGGUCUGCCCAUGGGGGAUCCCAACCCCACCCCCAGGAAGUGCCCCACACCCUGCACCUCCUUCUUCGGCUCCUCCGUAAACUCUCGCUCAGCCCGUGUGCUCUUCCUCCUGGUCGCCCCGGGUCACAUCGUCUUCCUCUACACCAUCAACUCUCUGAGGGGGGGGCACACCACCCUGACAACCAUCUUCGUUACCUUCUACCUGGUUGCUGCACUACUACAGGUGAUAAUCCUUCUCUACCUAGCAGACUGGAUGGUCCACUGGAUGUGGGGCCGAGGCAUGGACCCCGACAACUUCUCCAUCCCCUACCUGACUGCUCUGGGUGACCUGCUGGGGACCGGCUUCCUCGCCCUCUGCUUCCACAUGCGCUGGUUCAUUGGGGACAGAGACUCUAACGUGGGCAACUGAAUGCAUGCACACACACGCACAAAAAACAAAACAAACAAAAAAAUUCACAUACUGUACGCUUGCAAACCCGGACAGUGACGAGCAUCAGCCGUAUGCCUGAGCAUUAUCUGAAACUGGACAUCGUCUACAAUAAAAGGGCUAAUCUCCUGUAGGGCUCGGACUGAUGGUAUCGAGCACUUGUAGGGCCGUAGCGUUUCGACUUCAGGAUAUCAGGGCAGUGAUGCGCCGCAGCAGCAGCCCAGAAUCCCGACCGUAUCUGUGUUCCACCUUAGAAACAAUGGAAAUGCACGUAUCUCCACCUCAUCCACUGAACAACACUCCACCUGAUGGAUCCAGCCCCACAGACUACUCCUGCUUCAUUUUACUUAAUAACUGAGUCCAACUACUUUUUCUAUUGUUAUACUAUUGACAGUGACUAUUAUUGUUGGUAAAUAAUGCAUUUGAUAAGAAACGAUAUCUGUUCGUGUGUGUGCAGGGCCAGUCCUCAUUAUUUUCAAUGGGGACGUUAGCCUUCCCGUUUUUACAGAUUUAACACUUGAAACCAAGACGACAAAAGACCUAGAAUGCUUAAUCACCAAGUGCUAUGUCAUAUAUACAGAAUGAAUAUCACAUGAAAUGUAAAUCGCUUGUGUCGAUCAUUUCUGAUUCAGUGGAGUGCAUAGGGCUAGCUGUUCUCUCCGUUUCACCUUGGCCUUGUGACAGUAGGAAUUUAGGAUUAGGGAGUUUUACCCCAGGGGACAGGACCACAAACGUAACGAGCCCUUUUGGCGUCGCUCCCAUCAGCGGAUGGCUUAAUUUGAGUCAGAACAGGAACAGGAUUGUAAUUCCUGCGCUUGCUUCCCCUCAAUUCUGGGCUCAAGAAUUAGGAAUAUCAGAUCUGAGGUCCGAUCACAAUCCAGCAAAGGCUCACGUCAGCCAUUAUAAGAACGGAUUCAUCUCUGAUUAUGUUAGCGGUUGAGAAUCACCUAAUUAACGCCUGUUUGAACGUUUCUGUUAAAGAGGAUUGUGUGUUCUUCCUCUCGAGUCCACAGAGGUUACGCUACUUACCUUUUUGGCCAAAUCUACUAAAAACUGCAGUUUGAAAUGUCCUGAGUAAGAUUCUUUGUUUGAGCAAACACAUAGAGCCUGUGGGAAAUAGUAUGUGGAAAAUGGCCGGACAACUGUCAGUUAGGAAUGUGUACACCUGACACACACAAACACACACCUCACUGUUUGUUGCAGCACACUAUGGGUUUUUUUUGUGGAUGCCAAGAGGUUAGAGAGGUCUUAUUUUGCCGCGCGCUGUUCCAGGUGAGAACCAGUCCCCCUGUCUGAAACCAUCUGCCAACUCUCUACUGGAGCAGGCUAAUGUUGUUGUUGUGUUGCCCGAGCCAGGCUUACAGUAAGUGACAGGAGGUUCAACAUGCUGCAACGCACUGGAAACAACCUGCCGAGCUCAGCCAGCUGAACAGCCACAGGUACAGAGUGUGAAGGUGUUAGGUGCCGUAGCCAGGAUGUGCUCUCUCGGUACCAGAUGAAAGGUACUGAUUGCUGAUAUUUUGUGUGGAUGUUUGACAUCUUUAGAUCUUUAAUUUGACAAUUUCGGUUCCCACACUUCAGAUGUUGGAGCAUUGAAUCUUUCCAAUGAAAGACAGACCAAGUUGUGUGAGGUUGGUUAACAGUUAGGUUGCAGUGGCUACAGGAAGUUGUGGCAAAACUUUAGUAUUUUAGUGGCGGUACAGGCUUUCAUUCUGUAGCCUGUAGAUUCAGAUUCGCCAAAACAUCAGCGUACUUCUGGAAGCUGUCUGAGGGCCCAGUCAAAGCAGCGCGGUCACGCCAGCAUAUGAAACGGCUAAAUUCAGCCGCUGCAUCACUUCACUGCAGUGGAAUCACUCGCGGGGUCGAAGUUCAUCUGCGCAGAUUUUCCGUGUUGACAUCAACUCAAGUGAACUUCUUGACCGUGCUGACCAAAUAGGAAAGCUAACAAAGCUAACAUAGCUAACAUCUCUGCUCUGCGGAAGUAUAAACCCUCUGCUCCACAAAAGAGAUGUGUAAGGACAUACUGUAUGUGUCCUUUGAUUUAACUGGUUAGUGAGCACAAGGAGUCGCCGAGCUUCCACAACCUAUUUCUCGAGCACACACAAAUGCAAUUUGUUGUGCCAGGUUGUGUGUGACCAGGCAUGCAGUGUUUUUCUUUUGUUUUUUCAGAUUCUGUAGAGUGGGUUAGAGUAAAACUCUAGAAAAAAGUGUUGUUUUUUUUUUUGUUUUUUUUUUCUCGUCUCAUAAAACGAUAAAAUAACUAAUAAUAAUCUCUCACUUUUGUAAGUGAGUGACUAACUGGACGAUGGUUAAUCAAAGGGCAACAUCUUAGUCCUACAUCGGUUUAACACACACACACACACACACACACACAGACAUGUUUCCAUCACUACAGAGGACGUUACAUUGACUUACAUUCAUUUCCUGAAGACUUACCAGAACCACUACUUGCCUAACCCUAACCCCUAAACCAAGUCUUCACCCUAAAAUUGAAUGAUUUACUUUAUGGGGACUUGCGUUUUGUCCCCACAACAUUAGUAAUACACGCUCACACACACAGACUUUGAGCCUCAGCUGACCUGAGCUGACUCUCUCUUUGAGGGCUUACAGGUGAGGAGCAGAAUGAAAAAGGAAGUCGGGAGGCGUUCUGUACAGAUGUUGGCCCAGAGGCAAAGCCCAGAGUCUUAGGGGAAACCUGCAUGUGAUGCUUGACUUAUCUGGCGCUUGUCAGACUUCUGUGUUGUUUCGAAGGGGCCAGCAGAAUGCAUGUGCAGGGCACAUAUUGUGAAUGUGCAGAACUUGAUUAUUUUAUCUGUUAAAAAUCUUUUGUUUUGGUCUGAAUGAUUUUAUUUUGUUAAAUGUGUCGAUUUAUGUUAAUUCUUUUUCUAUUCCUUUCCUCCUUUCCCUAAUCUUUUUAACUCGCCAUGAAUAUUGUUUUGUGUCAUGAAUUUCAACAAACAACCAACCACUGUAAAGAUGAAGCAACUUCUCCACGCUGGUCAAAUGCACAAAGUACUGUAAUCUGCAAAACGGACACCAGAGGGCACCGCAGGGAUUCUCUUAACUGUACAACUUCUCAGUUCGUCUCUGUGUCCUCUGGAUUCAAACCCACGCAUGUCCACCCAGAGUGACAUUUAUUUUGUCUACUUUUGUCUCUACGGCGUUUGACUUGUUGUAAAAGUUGCAUCCUUCCAUGUGUCCACUCUGUCUGUAUCCUCCACUCUCUUCCUUAGCAGGUGCCAGCGUUCUGCCUCUAUGUCAAUGGAAAGUUGUGAAUACUUCUAUAUAAGGGGGCAAGUAAUGCUUUGUCUAUUUAUUUUUAGAAGCACACAAAGCAAAUUGUACAUACUAUAUUUAUUCUAUAUAUAAGGUUGUUUAUUUUGUCAUUUCAUUUUGGCUCCGUUUCUGUCACCAUGCUGUUGUCAUUUGUCUCUUCUCUUUUCUGUUUGUUUUCUUUGCAAAAGGCCAGUAGAGCUUUUUGCUGCUUGCCGCAAUAGAAUGGUGGUGAGGCUAAUGAAUAGCACAGUGCCUAAUACCAGUCUUUACACACCUCACACAUAUGCACACACACACACUGUCUCACACAGGGAAAGCAUACUUAUAAGACAUAGAAUGGCCUUAACCUAUCAGAGCCAAGCUCAACUCAGAGUAACCAAUCAGGAGCUAGGUUCGCCACAGAGUAGUGUCUCUUUAAUUAGCUUUGAUUAAUAAAAGAUGUACAGUAAGCUGAUUUAUGAUGUGUAAUGUAAUAAUGACUUUCUAUGACGCAGCGGUGGAGAGGAGGGCUGGAAGCAGCAGUUACAAGCUUUUGGUCAUGUGAAUCUGCAAAAAUGAGGACUUGGAGGCUGUAAGGCUCAGUAGUUCCCGUUGUACAGGGCAUCUGAAAAGUCUGGAGUCAAGUUAAGCACCAACAGAAGUGAGAUUCUGACCCGCAAACACACCGGAAAACCGGGAAAAAACAAGUGCAACAUGGCAAAAUGCACAAUGUCGCUUCUCUUUCUGAUUCCAGAUGUUUCCCCUGUAUAUUAAUUACCCAGCCUUUAAAACCCUUCACCCACCCACUGCCUUGUUAACCUCAGUGCUACAAACCCUUGAGCCCCUGAACUCACAGGGAACCACGACUGAGCCUUUGAUUCAGACUCUAAACUUCCACCUGUCCCCUCAGAAAGUGAUGUAAAAACAUGACAUGUACAGUCUUCCUGGGGCCGAGGUCUUUGCUUUCUGUGUGUUCUUCUUGUAAAAGCCCUCCCUCCGUGAGGCUAGAGGAAGGCUUUCUCCCUGCAGGACUUUGGAAAUUGCUGGAAAUAAAGGACUAUAUUAUUUCAUACCA